GAAGCUACAGGCGACGUCCACAUUCAUCGCGUAAAGGCUCGAUCUUGCUCCGCCCCCUCCCACCCUCUUCGAAGCACGCGAUCUUCAAGCCCUCGCGCGGCGGCAUAUUCCCGCGAGUACUGUUGAGAAAUUGCUAUUAGGGUUUUCCUGCGCGAGGGGGAACCGUUUCAAUCCUCCAAUUGAUCGGCCUCGGCGGGUUAAACCCCUUGAUCGAUUGAUCGAAUUCGGGUCUGAUGGAUUUGGAUACGGAAAACAGAAUAGCCGCAAUCCUUAUGAAAGAAGCAGCGGAGUUACGUCGACAAGCUGAGAAAGAAGGUGCACUUGCCUAUCUUUGCAAGCCCUCUGUUAGGGCUCGGCCCAAUUCGAGGUUUCUCACCGCAACUGUUCUCGGGGUGCAACAAGCCAAUAAAGCUGUGGAAGUGAACGAAAUGUGGCGACUGCGUCAGAAGGAGGUGGAGCUUGAUAAUCGGAUCAAAGGAAGAUCAAGAGACGAGAGCAGCAAUAGGUGCGAGAGCAGCAGUAGGAGGCACCAUAAGGAUGCCACUUCUUCGAGGAGCACCAGCAAUAGUCAUGAUAUAGAUGAUUACAGUGCUGAACCUUCAUGUGCUCAAAGUAGAAGUGCACAUGAUAGACGCCAUAAAAGAGGAGAUGAAGGUUUGGGUGAUGAAGAUAUUGAAGAGUUUCUACACUCAAGGGUCAAGCGCGGCAGAGGUGCCAUAGGGUCGAGGAUGGAUGAAACAGGUCCCUACCUUUCAUCGUGCCCAGGUUCCAAGGAGUUGUCUCCAAGUCCUGAGCUUAGGGAAGCACGUGUAACGUAUGGGCCAGAGAAACCAUAUUCACUUAUGGCUUCUGGAUCACCCAAAGAGGAUGGUCAUAAAGACAGGCAUAAGAAGGCGAAGAAGGUCCACCUUAGCUCGAGCAGAAAACACUCCAGUAAGCACAGAUCUGAAGGUAAGUCUAGGAAAAAAAAGAAAGAGAGGAACAAACAUAGAAAGUAGUUCAGAGAUGUAGUAGCUGAUGUGAUUUCUUCAAUGGCACUUGGGAAAUUCUUGGGAUUUCGGGUACUAUUUUUGGUUUGGGAUGGAUUAAAUUACAGUAAUGAGAGUAUCCGUUGGAACACUUUGCAACAGUGCACCGAGAUGGUAUGAAGUGCACUUGUUUGCCGUCCUUCAAGUUCUUUUCAGCUGAUCUCUUUUGAUCA